GGGUUGUUAACGCUCCGCCCCGCUGUUUUUGACCCACGUGUGUGUAGAAAUGUGUUGAUAUUCUCUCAGUCAGUAAAUUCUUGUGUUUUAUGUGUGUUUCAGCUGGAUUAAAGCUGACAGCUCGGUUUGUUUAUCGACAUGGAUCUCGCCUCCAAGGACUCGUACAUUCAGAAGCUCGCGAGUAAAGUGUUUUCUCAACGAGAGCAGGAGCCAAAGAAGAGACCGUUUGCUCAUUUCAAGGGUAAAGGUGACACUGGUCCUCCAAAGAAGAAGAAAAAGUGUAAAAAGAAACAUUUCAAAGAAAGGGCUGCCAAUGAGAAGACAACUAAACCGCAUCAGAAUCAGAAACCUUCAGUCUCUCCAGCAGCACAGAAAAGCUCGGCCACAGCAAAACCAAAGGGCUCUAAAGCUGAGACUGUAAAUGGAUCCACAACAAAGACACCUAAAGGAGUUAAUGUACAGUCCAACUUCUCAACGGUAGAUGUUCUACGUAAGAGGCUCCAUGAAAAGAUUGAAGAAUCCAGAGGGCAGGGAGCCCCAAAGGAUGCAUUAUCAGAGGCAGUCCAAGCAAAGCGGGCAAAACGAAAGCUGGAGCGGGAGCGCAAGAAGAGGAAGAGGAAAGAGUUUCGGAUGAAGAAACUGGCAGAAAAUGGUAGCCAAGAGCAGCUGCCAGAGAUAAAACAGGAAGAACAGAAAGCCCCAGCUGCAAGCAAAAGAAAUGAAACUGCCAUUGUCUUCAACAAGGUGGAGACAGUGGAGGAAGGUUAUGUAGACAAAAUACAGAAAAAGAAGGACAAGAAAAAGAACAUCAAGGGCCAGAUAACACCGCUGACAGGGAGGAACUACAAACAGCUGCUCAGUCGUGUGGAGGCUCGCAAAGCAAAGCUGGAAAAGCUGAGGGAGAAAGACGAGGGGAAGGCCCGUGAGAUGGAGGAAAAGAUGAAAUGGACCAACCUGCUUUAUAAGGCAGAGGGCAUCAAGAUCAAAGACGACGAGAACAUGCUUCGUGCCUCGCUGAAGAAGAAGGAGAAGAGGCGCGCUCAGAGAAAGAAGAACUGGGACAAGCGUAGUGAGAACAUCAUAGAGAAGAUGCAGCAACGGCAGGACAAGAGAAAAAAGAACAUCCAGAAACGCAAGCAAGGCAAAAUAGAGAAGAAGAAGGAUAGGGCGCGGAGGAAAGGCAGAGUGCUGCCUGAGGACUUGAAAAAAGCUGCAGUGUAGUGUAAGGAGUAUGUUGUCAGCUGUGUUUUAUUAUAAGAAAACAUACCCGAAGUCUAUAAAAAGUAAUUCAGUCUCUUUUUAUGGCAGUUUGAUUUACUAAAUAAUAUGAAAAUGCUACUGCUGGUGCACACAUUAUACCUUUCUUCCUGUCUAGGAGUAAUAUAGUGUGUGUUAUGGUCAAUAAAAUGUAAUCCUUAAUUGUGAUGAACAUGAAUGGAGUCUUCUGUCAUAUAAUUUGUUUGAUUUGUAUUUGUCUAUUUUACCAGAUAUUAAACCAAGAUAUGUGUCUUUUAAA